AUGGAGGCUCCAACAUCCUUGACCCAGCUGCUCAUGCUCUUGCACAACCUCGUCAGAACACAGAAGAAUCUCCCACAAGAACUAGCUCCGGGGGUCGCAGGCUCAAACAGUCCACUUCCACAGCACGACAUUCCCGGCCUGCCAAUAGCUUCCAGCAGUCUAUCCGAACAGCCACUGGCUCUGAAGUCCGCCCUGUCGCCUAACUAUUAUGGCUUUGUCACCGGAGGCUCCACGCCUGCUGCUCUGCUCGCAGACUGGCUUGUAUCGCUGUACGACCAGAAUGUCCAAGUCCAUCUACCACGAGAGACGAUCUCAACCACAGUGGAAGUUGCUGCCCUGAACCAGCUUGUCGACCUCUUUCGUCUUCCGCGCGAAACAUGGGGAGUUGGAAGCAGUAGCUCGCAUGGAGGAGGAACGUUCACUACAGGCGCUACGGCAAGUAACAUACUGGGGCUGGCGCUUGGGAGAGAGUGGGUGAUUCAACAGCACGCCAAUGACAUCAAUGUCAGUGUUGGGAAUCUAGGUUUGAUUGAUGCGAUGCGCUACGCGGGCCUCUACUCGCUGAGAGUCCUCACCACUUUACCACACAGCAGCAUUGCCAAAGCAGCCAGUGUAGUGGGUAUCGGACGGUGCCAAGUCACAAGCGUGAUCAAGGAGGGCACUGAUCUGGACAUCGACCUGGAUGCUGUGGAGAGAUAUGCCAGUGAGCCAGGCACGGGGUGCAUCCUUGUGAUCAGUGCGGGCGAGGUCAACACUGGAAGAUUUGCUACUUUGGGCAGUCAAGAAGGAGGUAACCAGCCGCCAGUGUGGCAGCAACUAGGGGAGAUCUGCGAUCGAUACAAUGUGUGGGUGCAUGUAGAUGGAGCUUUCGGCCUCUUUGGGAGGGCUCUGUUGCCAGAUCCUUCAUCGGCUCGGCAAAAUGGUGACGGAAACGCCGGCGCCGACACAGACUAUAGCCACAUCCUCAACGGCGUCACCGGCCUCGAACACCUAGCCGACAGCGUCACCGGCGACGCACACAAACUCCUCAACGUCCCCUACGACUGCGGCUUCUUCUUUACCCGCCACAAAGAUCUCAGCGAGCAGGUAUUUGUUAACGGUGGUGCGGCGUACCUUGCUGCUCCUGCUUCUGCUCCUGCUGCUGAGUCUCUGGAUGUGUCGGAAGAAGAAGGAGGACGAGGAGGAGGAGCAGAGGGAGGGUUCAGGGUAGGAGACGCGAUUCAGAGUCCAUUGAACAUCGGGCUGGAGAACUCCCGUCGGUUUCGAGCUCUGCCUGUGCAUGCUACCUUGAUAGCGUAUGGGAGAGAGGGGUAUGUGGGUAUGCUGCGUCGACAGAUCGGGCUUGCUCGCCACAUAGUUCGCUUUCUAUGGAAUCACCCAGACUACGACGUCCUGCCCCAGGAUGCCAAAAUGGAAGACGAAGCGGUAAUGCGGACGUUCAUCAUCGUGCUGUUCCGUGCGAAGGACGAGAAGGUGAACGAGGUUCUGGUGGAGAGGAUCAAUGCGAGUGGGAAGAUAUAUGUUAGUGGGACGCGGUGGAAGGGGGAGAAGGCGGCGAGGAUUGCGGUCAGUAGUUGGAUGGCUGAUGUUGAGCAGGAUGGGAAGCUGGUGGAGGGGGUGCUCGGAGAGGUUGUGAAGUGA